AUGCCGCCGAAGCGCAAAGUCCCUGCACGAAGGGCAUCAACCGGUAAGCGAGUCUCAUUCGGUGGAAAUGCUGUGCUGUCCCAAGCAACCACUCCCUCUGGCCGUCCCAAAAGAUCUGUUACCAACGACGUCAUGUACAAACUUCCUUCUCGCAAUUCAAAUGCCGCGUACGUAUCUGCAACGCAACAGGCUAAAGUUGGACAAGAUGCAUUUGCUGCUCCCAUACCAGCGAGCCCGAAGAGAAGAGGCAGGCCACCAAAAUCUGCUGUCGGUACCGUGACCACAACGCCGAAAAAGGCCGGCGCGUCUCCAAAAGCCGUCACUCCUACUGCCGGACCCGUUGCUGGUAAGAAGCGCGGUAGACCUGCAGCAGCAACGAAGGAGAACGCGCCAGACAAAGCAAGCACAACGACUGCUGCGCCAGUGAAGGUUCCUGGUCGCCGUGGUAGACCAAAGGCCGAACCUCAAGCAACUCCAGCCGCUCCGACCUCAAACAAGCGCAAGCGCGAUGAAGAGGAGGUCGCUGCACCACCUAGAAAGCGCGGCCGACCUUCGAGUGGUACAACGGCUGCACCAGCUGCGAAGGCUACACGAAACCUGGCUGUUAAGAUCGAUAAGAGUUCUUCAAAGACAAAGACUACUACCCAAAAAUCUAAAGCUGUAGUUACGAAGCCCGCCGGUAAGCGAGGACCAAAGCCAGGAACCAAGAGAGGUCCUAGAGUUGCUAAGGACAGCUCUAAUACGGCUGUCGAAGACUUUACUGCAGGACUCACUUCGAAUGACCUUCAGUACGAAGGAGACGACCAAUACUGGCUGAUGAAGGCUGAACCAGAGACUCGUAUAGUCAAGGGCAUCGACGUCGCGUUCUCCAUCGAUAAGCUCGCUAAGGCCGCUGAGCCUGAACCUUGGGAUGGUGUCCGAAAUGCUGUUGCGCGAAACAACAUGAGAGCCAUGCGCAGAGGCGACCUUGCUUUCUUCUACCACAGCAACUGCGACGUCCCAGGCAUCUUUGGUGUUAUGCGUGUCGCGGAAGAGCAUGCAGUCGACGAGUCGGCCUUCGACCCUCAACACCCUUACUACGACGAGAAGUCUACUCGAGAAAAGCCAAAGUGGGAUUGUGUUAAAGUUGAGUUUGUAAAGAAGUUCAGCGAGCCUAUUACGCUUAAGACGAUCAAGUCAACGAAGAAACUAGGUAAUAUGCUGCUUGUACAGCCAGCUGGUAGCCGUCUGAGCGUGCAGAAAGUUCGACCAGAUGAGUGGAAAUUUGUCCUUAAGAUGGCAAAUGAGUCAGAAGAUCUAGGCGUUGCUGACAAAAAGAGUGGCUACGAGGCUGAUACGAACGGAGAGACAGACAAAGAGGCAGCGGAGGAAAGUGUGGGCGUGGACGAGGAUAUUGACAUGAACGGAGCUGCCGACUUUGACGUGGAUGCUGCGAAGAUUGCAGCCUAUGGCAGUCCAGACGACUUUGUCGAUGAUGGUGAAGGGGUGCCAGUCGCCCCUGAGCCUGAGGAUCAGCUGGCUCUUGAGGCUGGUUCUAAUGGCGUAGUACCGGACAGCCAGGAGCUUGCUAGAGCUCUACACAAUUGA